AUGGCGCUUUUGAAUCCGACCUUCAUAUUUGGAGUGAUCGUCCUUCUUUACCUAUCGUCCUUCCUCAUAUUCGCGGUUCUCCGAAUCUUGACCGGCAUAUCGAUUCAGCGCAUUGGUUAUCUGUCACUUAGGAGGCUAGCAUACACCCCGAAAGAUGGUGUGAAGAUAGAAAUACGGGGGUUGGGCCUCAAUCUUCACAGGCCGACCUUUGCACAGCCAACUUGGCUAAGCAUCGUCCUCCAGGAACUUGCGAUUACGGUGGAUUUGUCGGCGACAGAGAAGGAUGCUAAUGGAGAACAUGGGGUGGACAAGAAGGGGGGGCAGAAGGAGGGAGAUAAAGGGAAGGACAACUCCCAUGCCAACGAACCGCUAUCACCGAAGGCGAACCCAGGCGUAGAAAGAAGUAAGAGCUGGCAGCAGCUUAAUGGAAUCAAAAAUCGUAUCAAGCGCAUGCAUAGGAAAAUCAACUGGAUUCGCAUGGUGGAUGUGGUUGCUACCAAUACUUCUAUCUCCGUACUCGAGGUUGGUCAGAUACAGGUGGGGAGUUUUACAAUGGCAGUGGACACGCGAAGGAAAAUGAUCGAUAGGGGGAGAAUGUUCGCACAUGUCAAAACAGCGAAGAAAGAGCAGCGGCCUGCUGAAUGGAUGUUGACAUUGCGUAGCGUGCUUUUUACGCCUGAAGGCAAAGACUCCCUAGAGGUGCUUGACCAUGCGACCCUAAAUGUACAUGGGUUGUUGUACAAAGACCUCGAUGGACUCCGUGAUGCUGCGAUUUCGCUCAAGUUGGGACGUGUACAUGUACCUUACGACGAUAUUGCGGGAUGUCUGGAGAGAUAUAAGGGUUGCCGCUACCGAUAUGGUGGCGCGAGGUCUGAUGUGACGGAAAUAUAUAUCAACGAUGUCAUUGAAGAACUAGAUUCUCCAGGGAGUCGUGAAGAUCAUCUGGCGCAAACUGUGUCGGAUUCAAAGGAGUUCGUCAGCUCAAUUCUCCGCGGUAUCAAAGAGGUUCAGUUUGCGGUCAGCUUUGUCGGCUUCACCAAGAAGAUUGACUUGGUUCGACCGCGGGGUGCCCCUGUUUAUCUUAACGCGUCGAUGAAAGAGGUUGGUGUUGAUCUCCAUCGACUUGAUCAAAAAUCACCUGCACAUCGCAUGUACUUUUCAGCGAAGGAUGUGGCUCAUCAGGCUCUAGUAGCGGCUUUAUCCAUCUCGAUUGGUAUAGAUCAUGGGCAAGGACGAUCUGACAGGCUUGUGUAUGUUCCAAUGGCUACAACUACAGUCCGUACAACACUCCCCUCCAAGACUGUCGAAGCCACGAAAGACAAUAGCGCAGAUGAGCGGAACGCCAAUAUACUUUUCGCCAAUGUUGUUGUUACAUCUCCUUCGGUUGAUCUGGAUCCCAUACACCUUCCACUCAUUCUGGGAUUGCUUCAGGGAAGGCCAAAACGUAAAGAGCGGCUUGCUACUCGAAAACAUGUUCUUAUUUCGAGAUUGUUGCCGAAGGCUAACGUUAAGCUGUCGAUGCACGAGCCGGUCGUCCGUAUCGCUCUGCCUCCCGUCGAAAAGAACGCAGAGCCUGAUGAUUUUGAUCUCAUCAUAUCAUCCAUCUCUUCGAUCUCUUUGGAUAUAGAUUCGUCACAUACUGCUACCGGUCAACUGCACUAUGGAUUGGGGUCAGCCUUGCGUGUGCUGUCUCAUGAUCUCUAUUACCAAACGUCAUCCGGGGCGCAUUACGAGCUGAUGCAAACAGAAUCAUUCGAUUUAAAGGUUCAUAUCAGUGCGAGCCCAGACGUCUUUGUUGUCGCAACUGGAAACCUACAAACCUUUUCAAUUCACAUGAUUCGACCAGAAAUUAGUGAUGGUGUUCGACAAAUCGUGCGACAACUAAGGGUCAAUGUAGAACCAGAAAAGAAGGCUCGACCCAAGACAUCUCGAGACCCAAAUUUCGUGAGGGCUAUGCCACCGUGGCUACUUCACUUCCAGAUACAAGGCUCUGAUUUCAGCGCGGAAGUCGCUGGUGUAGACGAACAAAUAUCGUCAGAGACACGGGGGGUAGCUUUGCAACUGGAGUCAUGGACUGCCGAAUACCGCGCGCAAAAAGUCGACGCCAUUGAGAGAAGGUCAUCUCGUCGCAGGGCAGGUAGUAGCAAAUCUAUGACGCCGGACGCGGAGCUUUAUUUGAAGAUGCCACAGUCACCUAAAAAGAAACAGCAACUUCCUACAGAUGGCCGCAGAAUAGCGUUCCAUGUACGUGGCUUAGAAACAUUUGUUAUAGAGUCAACAGAGAAGUGGGAGAUCGAACCAUUUGUUCGCAUCCCUCGGUUUGAAGUCGCACUGACUACAACGAGCGAUAAUCAAGGCCCGAUUUUCCACGUUAACAGCUUCGUAAAAACAUUGCUAGUACAAUACUCGCUGUACCGUCAUUACGCGGCCGGCGUCGCUGGUACCGUUCUCAGCAAGGCUUUCGUUCGCACAAAGGCAGAUAGGGAUGAAGCAGAACAAGCUAGAGCUGAAGUUGCACACAGGCGCCCGCAUUCACAUCUCACGCCUAUGUCGCCCGAAGAGACCUUCAUGUACGAAAAUUCUGGCUACCCAUUCCCUGUGCAGGAACUGAUAACUAUCGAUUUCCGCUCAACAUUAAUUCAGAUCAAAGCUUUCAUGCCAUCAGACCCUGCCUUAAUGCUGCAAGUUUACGGCAUGGAAGCAGGACGCCACAGAUGGUCUCCUCCUUUUUUGCACGCCAAACUGGCCCGGCUUUAUGCUGAUGCCCCAAGGAUGCAUCAUGUCUGGGCUAGACUCCUGAGCAUUAAAUCACUCCGACUUGAUCUUCGCAGUAGUAAGCGAAAGAAAAGCACUGGCGAGACAAUCGAAGACAAAUUGAUCGAUGUGACCAUGGAGGCAAUAAGACUGGCUGUCCCUCAUCAGAUGGUGCUACACAAAAUCUUUGACAAUUCUGUGAACACGCUGAAAUCGGUCCAACAACUACAUCAUCGAUUCGCAACGGGCACAAAUAAUUACAUCCUCGACAAGCGACCAGAAGGGCCCAAGCUUGUUCCCAGAAUCUCUUUACGCAGUAGGGCUUUGUUGUUUGAGGUUGAAGAUGGUGCGUUUGAGUGGAAGUUGGGGACAAUUUACCGUGCUGGACUCAUCGAACAAGCGCAGCGACUUGCCCGUGAGGCAGCGUUCGAGGUAAAAGCCAAACGUAUCAGAGAGGAAGAAAUGCAUCGCGAUCCAACAAAGUUCCGAAACAGAUCUGCUCACCCACGAGGUCGAAGUAACCACCAAGAUGACACCCGAAGGCGAAGCAAAAGUGAGGAUCGUGACGGAGGUAGUACCAAAUACCGGGGUCGUCGUAUGCGUUAUGACCCAGAAGGAACUUGUGGGCUUAGUGGGCGAGCAAAUAUUUCUAUAGCAGCCGCUCGCGAAAGACUAGAGCAGCACAAUGCUCAAAGCUGGAAGAACAGAAUAGACCGAGUGUUCAGUCUAUCCCAAGCUGGUAUGAAAGAUUUACGAGGAGUCUUCUGGGGGUCUGACGAGCUCCCUGACGACAUGGAAGAAACAGAAAAUAUUCUCGAAAUUCCACAGCGGCCAGCCUUGAUGGGGACAUUAAUAAGCGACUUACAUAUUACAAUCGACAAGCCGUCGUUUCCCAUCGAUCAUCUGCCAGAGUUCAUGCAUCGCGUUGGUAAAGGCAUGCCCUAUGAUACGAAGUACUCUCUUCUGAUACCUCUGCACGUUCAAAUAAACAUGGGAGAAGCUCGGGUAUCACUACGUGAUUACCCACUACCACUCCUCCAUGUCCCGGCAAUAAAACCAGGUCAAUCUGCUAGAUUACCUGCAUGGUCGCUCAAGACAGAUUUUGUGAUUGCUGAAGAAUUUCGGGGAUCCGAAUCGACAAGACAUGUCCAAGUCGAUGUUGUACCGCCAAAAAACCGAUCCCCAGGCUCCUCAAACAAGGGCCGGUUUGUUAUCGACGUCAGAAGGACCGUUUCACCAGUCAAGACCUACUCCGAAAUCAAGGUUGACAUCAAUACCAGCUACCCGACCCGGAUCACAUGGGGUUCAUCCUACCAGCCUGCGAUCCAGGACAUGAUGAUGGUGAUUGAGACUUUUACUAAACCUCAGGUCGAUCCAUCAGACCGAAUUGGCUUUUGGGAUAAGAUUCGUCUUAGUUUCCACUCACGGGUAAGCGUCGCUUGGAAAGGCGACGGCGACGUGCACCUGAUGCUUAAAGGAACACGAGAUCCUUACGCCGUCACGGGAAAUGGUGCUGGUUUCUUGAUGUGUUGGCGAAGCGAUGUACGGUGGAACAUUGCGCAGGAUGAAGACCCUCGCAAAUUCAUGACUGUAGACAGUGGCGAGUAUAUUCUUGCAAUACCUGAUUUUAGCCAGCAAGCGCGCAAAUCCGAAAGACAAAACCGGGACGAUGCUAGUGUCACCAGCUCCGAUAGCUUCAAAAGCGGUGCUUCGUUCAAGAAAGUUGUGAUGAAACUCUCCGGAAAUGUUCAAUGGCUUGCUGGAUUGAUGUUCGAAAGGAAUUUGGAGAACAGUAGCAACUCGAGAUCAUUCGAUUUCGAACCCCACUAUAAAGUAAUCCUUAAAGAGCCCCAUUUUGCCAAAGCAACUCCCGGGUCCACCUACGAUGCUUUCCGAGGGUUCCGCAGUCACCAUAUACAUAUGUCUGUCGCAGUCAAAGCCCCUGUGGACCGGGAAUGGUCGGUUUCAAACUCUGCAUCUUCUAAGAGUUAUAAUACUGUCCACUUAACCCCACGGUUCUUCACCCACUUCUUUGCGUGGUGGUCUAUGUUUGGGGGGGCUAUGGCUCUUCCUAUUCGACAAGGUACACUAUGGCCAGGCAUCGAAAAAUCCAGCAAAAAGUUUGGGCGGCAUCUUGCCUCAAUCAAAUAUAACCUUUUACUAGCUCCUCUAUUCCUCAGCCAUAUUUACAAACACAAAGAUGCAGAGGACUACUCCGAAGAUGUCGUGUCUGCCACUGGUCUCAAGAUGAGACUGGACAGUUUUAUGCUUGAUAUGCACCAAAGAAGAGAAGAAUUUCUUACUCAGGAUCGAGGUCGUAAGACCCAAACCAAAACUACUGGUAUGAAAAUGCAUCAAGCUCAAUUAGACUUGAUAUCAGCAGACAUUCGAGCAAUUUCCGCAAGCAUAGCAGGGACAUCCGCGGAGGAUUUAAAGAAGACAUCACUCCCGUUUCUUGUCUCGCAACAAAAUAAUGGAGCGACAGAUCUCUCCCAUUUUGAGAUACCCGACAAUGAUCUCAGUUGGAUUGAUAUGGACGACUUUGUUGAAUUGGAUUGGAUUUUGCCUUCUGAGGCCAAUCCUCAGACAAAAAUUAUGCCUCUUGCAUUUGCACCUCGUUUCACCUAUUUUCGCCAAACAGACCACGGCGAUACGAUAUCAGGAGACCCUAAUAGAAGCAGUCCCUUUGGCAAUGAGCCGACACAUUUCUGCAUCAUGAGCAAAGAUGACGACCCACGGCGUGUCCAGGCCCAGCUCAUACAGUCUCGCCUAGAACAACUUGAAAAACAAAUGGAGAGCCACGAGAAGGCUUUGGGCGAUACUGAACUUAAGCUUAUUCGAGAUGAGCAGAACGAAAGACUUGUGGCCGAACAUGAACAACUACGCAAACAUGGCACAGUUCUACAAGACAAACAUUUGUUUUUGGAGUCAAUGAUGCGACGGAUGAGGGUACGCGUGCAUAUCGGAGAUAAGCGUUCGGUUCCUGAUGGCGAUGCCGACGUAGACAGCGACGGCGAAACACCGAUGCCGGAGGAGAAGAACGAGCCUGAUACCCAAGGUCUGGACAGUAAUCCUGCUGGAGAUUUCGUCAGCGAUUUCAAUAACCGUUUUGUGAUUCACAAUAUGCAGCUGAAAUGGAACAAUAUGUUAAGGAAUAUCAUCCUCCGGUAUAUCCAUCAAGUCAGUCAACGCCGUGGAUACGUCUACUAUCAGUCUCGUCGGGCCGUGAAAUUUAUCCUUGAUAUCGUUGAGGAGCAGAACAAAGCGAAAGCUGGGAGACCUACGCCAAAUACGCAGACGAACACGUCCUCUGACGAAUCUGGGAACUCCCCGCAGGAGGGUGGCGAUUUUCACGAAGUGGAGGAACGUAUCAAUGAACUCCUUGCUGACGGAAAAGAUUUUGUCAAUGCCAAUGACAGGAUGCAAGAUGUCAACACUCAAAAAGUGUCCGCUGAUAAUCUUGAAUCUAAUAUAGCUCGCGAGUUUACGCCACAGAACAGCUAUCACCUGAGACUUAUUGCUCCACAGAUUCAACUUCAAAGUGAGAAGAAUCCCAAGGCUGUUGUUCUUGUCACGGCAAAGGGGAUGGAACUGAAAGUUGUCGAAGUCAUGGAUAAAGACCGUAUCUUUGAUGACGUUAGUGGAUUGGUGCAGCGUAGAUUCUCUGUAGAGAUGGACAGUACGCAGUUUUUCGUCACUCAUCAGAAGUGGUUCUCUUCGCAAUUGCUCUCAAUGUAUGCAGGGAGUCAUUACGGAACGCCUUCCGGAUCUGCUUGGCCUCCAUGGGUCCCUAUGGAAGUAAUGUUUGACUUUCGCAGUGAUCCCUUUGGGUUUAAACGAGCCGUCCAAAAGACCUCAGCCAGCCUCAGGUACGAUAAGUUCAAUACAUUGCGCCUCAAGUACAAUGACGAAGUUAGUGGCGGUGAAAACCAUCCAACAAGCCCUCAUAACGUUGAGAGUCGUAUGGAUCAUUUAUGGGUUGAAUUUCCACAAAUAAGAGCUCUCUGCAAUUCCUCACAAUAUUAUGCUAUGUACAUUAUUGUGCUGGAUCUUCUAAUGUACAGCGAACCUCUCGAAAAAACCAGGAAUGAGCGUUUGGAGAAGAUCAUGCUUGCAUCUGAUUUCAGUGACUUGAGAGGAGCUCCAGAAAUGGUGAUCAAGCUGCAAGAGCGAAUUAGACAGCUGGAAGAGAUUAAAAGACAGUUCCAGAUCAAUUCCAAGUAUCUCGAUAAAAAGGGAUGGGAGGACAGGAUACUUCUUGACAAGGAUCUUACUCGAUGCGAAGACGAACUAUUUUUCAUGAUGAAAGCUAUCACUUCUUCCCAGAGAAAGUAUGAUGGAACUCAGACAAGUGGUUUGCUUAGAUGGAACAUAUCGUCUCAGCAAAUCGUUUGGCAUCUUGUUCGCGAUAAUAAUGAACCACUGAUGGAAUUUCAACUUCAAAGGGCCGAAUACGACCGCACAGACAACUCUGAUGGAUCGCACAUCAACUUGAUGCAAAUAGGGAAGAUUGUUGGACUAAAUCUCCUUCCCGAUGCUAUUUAUCCCGAGAUGUUCGCUCCAUAUUCGGACGCUGAGAGGGGGACUUUCAGUGAAGGCGGCAAUCAACAAAUGCUUAGAGUUUAUUGGUACAUGCUUGAAGCCAUUGCAGGCAUACCUGUACUGGAUCACUUUGAAGUUAAUCUUUUCCCUAUGAAGAUUCAAUUGGAGCGUGAGGUUGGGAAACGUCUUUUUGAGUACAUGUUUCCAGGCUCUAGCGAGGAGAAGAGCUCGAAGAAUAAGUCGCCAUUUAUGGUCAAGCACAUGCAGCCUCUGGGAAAAGAUGAAACCGAUCAGGAUGAUAUCUCAGCUUCUUCGAGCGGAGUGACCAUCACGGAUUACGACAAGCAAGACUCCGCUUCCAACACAAGAGCUGGUUCGCUAGAGCUCCGUCUUCAGCCCACAAUGACCUCUGAACUGAGGCCAACGACCUCUUACAUGUCGAAAAGCAAAGCCACGAGUAUCCACUCCACUAACGGGGAACAAGGAUAUCACUUCAAACUAUUCCAAUCCAACAGACCGUCCACCGCAAAGGUGCCAACUAAAAAGGCGUCUAUCGACAGCCUGCAGUCUAGCUUUCAGUCGAAUAUAUCACGUCCUACUAUAGCCCGCUCUGCGACAAGCGCUUCGAACUUUGACAGCAACUCAACUUAUGGCGAUGCAAAAGCGAAACGUUUCGGCGUCAAUAGGAAGGGAAGCAAAAACCAUGAGCAACCUUCUGAUGACCUUACUAAGAUGAUGUCACGAGCUUCGAACUACAUGACUCUUGCUUAUGUUAAAAUUCCCAGCGUGGUGUUGUGUCUCAGUUACAAGGGAAAAGGAGAUCGCAACAUCGAAGACGUUCACGACUUCGUCUUCCGCCUUCCUAUGAUCGAAUAUCGCAACAAGACAUGGUCAAAUCUCGACCUAGCGCUAGCUCUCAAGAAAGAUGUUAUUAAAGCACUCAUCUCACACACCGGUGCCAUUAUCGGGAACAAAUUCAGUAAACACCGUCCAAACGUUGCCCAGCAAAGUCGACUGCGAGAAUUAGCGACAAGCAGCAUGGUCUUGACACCAUCUUAUGACAAUUCUCAUGAAAAUAGUGAUGCUAGCAGUACCCUUGCCUCAAGUCCGACAGACAAGAAAUCAGAAAGAUCCAAGAGUCCACGCCGAUCGUUUGCGUCCAGCAGGAACGGGCUAGCACGCACCAACAGUGAAUCUAGCAGCGUUCAAUCCUACCCAGGUCCAGCACGACCUCCAGUACUACCCAAGUCCUUGACAAUGACACCAGCACGCUACAACGCCGAGCGACCCGACAACAAUGAUAGCAGCACUACAGGCUCGAGGUCCAUCCAAGAACCUGCCGAGGAGACCAAGAGCACUGGUUUUGUAACCGCAGCAUUCAAUCGUCUCAAAAAGAAAACCGAGGGACACGGAAACGGGACUUCUGAUGCCCACGAAGAAGGGGAAGAGGGGGUGAAGCGGAAGACGAAAAGUCUUCUGGGGAAGAAGAUCUUUUAG